GGUGUCGGGUCUCUGCCUUUUCUGGUUCUCAAGUCGUAUUAAAAAAGUCAGAUCAUGAGCUCAUCGCCAGAUGGCCAGCCCGCGACAAACCCAGGUGUGUGGCCAUAGAGAUAAAAGCAGAGACGCGUUCAAGUCUGGGUGUCAGAUACACAGAACCAGGCAGUAGCGAUGGCCGCAGAACCUCUACGCGAGCUCGUGGACAACAGGGAUGUUGAGUGCCUCCUGGAGGCCCUGAGGAAGGACCUGCCAGACUCUAUCCAUAUCUUCACCCGGAUCGCAACAGCGCUCCGCUGGCGCCGUCAGGGUCUCGACGACGGCGACGUGCAAGUCUCCUUUUACCGGGGCGUCGACGAGGGCGACGCCACGGACGGCCACACGACCGCAGUCGCCGUCAUGAGGGUGGAGGGCAUGCCCGAGCCCAACGUGUCGCUGCACACCACUGACGCCUCCUGCGCCGCGCUGCGCCGCGUGCUGGCCGACUCGGAGCACAUCCCGUGGGACGAGUCGAUCCGCUUCGAGUCCGUGCACGAGCGGUGCUUGCCGGACCUGCUGGCGGCGAUACGGGCCCACGGGGACCCCAGGCCCGCCCUGCUCAAGACGGACAAGAUGCUGCUGCCUAGGGACGAGUGCCUGCGGCUGGAAGUGAGAGACCCCGGCCCCGGGCUGGCGCUGCGCCCCCUGGAGCCUCGCCAUGCCAAGCGCGUCAACGACCACUGGGCCUACCGGACCACGGGGUCCGAGAGGAUGAUUGCCAUCACCAUCGAGAGGAGCCCCGGCAUGUCGUGGGGCGUGUUCACCGAGGAGGACCCCCAGGGCGACCCGGUCGCCUUCGUCAUGGGCGCCUGGUUCGGCGGGCUGGCCAUCCUGCACACCAUGGACUCGCACCGGCGGCGCGGGCUCGGCGAGCUGGUGACCCGGGCCGCGUGCAGGGCGGCGGCCACCCAGACCGGGUUUGACUCGCACGCCAACAUAGUCACCCCCAACCCGGCUUCGGAGGCCACCCUGGCCAAGGUGGGCUACCGACAGGUCUGCAAGUGCACCUGGGUGGACUAUACGGCGCCAGGUAGACUCACCCCGAAAAGCCCGUUCUUGUAACAAGAACAUGUUCUGGUGGUAACUCAAGUUUACUUGCCCCAACGAAAUGUUCUUGCGGACUAUAAGAACAUUGCAUUGAGACAAGUAUAUUUUCUUGUUUCAAGACAAGGCUUUUCCGGGUGUGCCUCUAACUUUAUCAUUCAUUACUUUCUCAUGUUAUUUAUUACACGAAAAGCCCAUAAAGAGCCUUGGACCAUUGUGGGCAGAUUCAUUCA